AUGGAGGAUACCACAGCCCAGUAUGAUGGAGCAGCCAUCUCCCCUGUGGCCACUUCACUCGAUGAGUCCAACCAAGCGGGUGCAGACGCAUCUCGGAUCGUCAACACAGCAGUGGCCACUGCUGUUUUCAACUUGUUUGACCUUCCGGCAGAGAUCGUCAUCAGAGUUUUCGAGAGCCUCAUGCCGGAUCCACUGCCAAUUGGGACCGGACUGCCCCUCCCCACAGACACCUUGGCUUCCCGAAAGGCACUUGUCAACCUAUGCCUCACCUCCAAAGAGUGCAACGAAAUCGCCCUGCCCCUGAUCUACAAGAACGUCGUAAUCACCACCCACGUCCAGACAGCGACCCUGUUGGUGAACCUCAUGACUUACAACAAUCGCCGAGGAUGGAUCCGAAGUCUUGCUGUGGUUGCAGGCUUGGAGUAUGAUGAACACUCCAGGCAGAAAGACCGCGCGAUCUUGACACGAGCAAUGGCUUGGUUGGACAAACACGAGACCCGUGAUCAGGAAAGCAUGAUGUUGGGAUUGUUUCAUGAUGUCAGGACUCUUCUCCCUGAACUUUCCGACCACAUUCAGGCUAUACCUGUGCCGGAUGAGGUCUACGCUCUCCCGCGGGUGCUUUACCAUUUCGGUAGGGGCGAUUCCUACUGGGAUGAUUACGAACGGGGCCUCCAUCAGUUGUAUCAGCAACUGCUUCAGUUUGUCAUUCGUCUACAAACCAAAGUUCAGGACAUCUUGGUCACUGUCCCAGAGCCCUCAUUCGAUCACCACAUCUCGCCCGCAGCAUUUGAGGACUGGACCUUUGGCCAAACCCACAUCCCGAGCUCCGUUCAGGCCCGGGCUGACAGGGAGAACCCCUUCAAGACCCUUCGCUCCAUUAGGAAACAAGCCGAUCCAAGCAAAGACGUCAACUUCAAGCCGCACGUUCAACUGGAACACCUCAAAUGUCAGCAGUGGGAGCUAUUUCGUGAUGACGGCAACUGGUUCUUCCUCUGCUCCACCGACCACGGCGGGUGGCCACUCUCGACCGAGCACCCGCGGCAUCUCCUGGCCUUCUUACACAUCACCGAGCUCAAGCUGCAUGAGACCAAGACCCACCCUGCCUUGCUGCGGCUUAUGCUCAGUUACAGCAAGAAUCUCAAGAGCCUCUGCUACACCACUAAUGCCACGGAGUGGAACGUCAACUUUUCCACUCCUGCGCUGCCGGCGGAUGAGGCCCUCGCCAUAACCCUACAGCAGGCGCUCGAUGAGGUCAGCGGCGCACUCUCCGAGCUCCGCCUGGGCUGGGUUCCGUGGGGAGCUGAUCUUACCGAGGAGGAAGAGGCUGCUGUGGCCCCGCACCGUGUCGAUGUCGGCAGUUUUUCUCAGAUCAAGAGCGUUGACAUCGAUCUUCCCUUUGCGCGCAAGGACGAUGAUGAAUGUGAGAACAUUGAAAGGGACACGGAGUGA